AUGGUUUCGACAGAUCUGACGAUCAAGGUCGACACGGAGGCCAUCCGCCCCUUUGGUCCUGCCCGGUCGACCGUCUCUGGCAAGCCCCUCAGCCCCGAGCAGAUCAAGCAGUAUGAUGACUUCUUCUCUGCGAGUCUCUAUUUGUCGCUCGGCAUGAUCUACCUGCGCAGCAAUCCCUUGCUGCGCGAGCCUCUCAAGAUCAAUCAGGUCAAGGCCCGUCUUUUGGGCCACUUUGGCUCCGCCCCCGGCCAGAUUUUCACAUACAUGCACUUCAACCGCCUGAUCAAGAAGUACGACUUGGAUGCCUUCUUUGUGUCCGGCCCCGGCCACGGCGCCCCUGCCGUGCUGUCCCAGGCCUACCUCGAGGGCACCUACUCCGAAGUCUACCCCGAAAAGUCUGAGGACCCCGAGGGUAUGCAGAAGUUUUUCAAGUACUUCUCCUUCCCCGGCGGCGUUGGCUCGCACGCCACACCCGAGACUCCGGGCAGCAUCCACGAGGGUGGUGAGUUGGGCUAUUCCAUCUCGCAUGCCUACGGCACCGUCUUCGACCACCCGAACCUCAUCGCCCUCACCAUGGUCGGUGACGGCGAGGCUGAGACUGGUCCCUUGGCCACUUCGUGGCACAGCAACAAGUUCCUCAACCCCAUCACGGACGGCGCCGUGCUGCCCGUGCUGCACCUGAACGGCUACAAGAUCAACAACCCCACCGUGCUGGCCCGUAUCAGCCACGAGGAGCUCGAGUCGCUCUUCAUCGGCUACGGCUACAAGCCGUACUUUGUCGAGGGCGACGAGGUGGAGUCCAUGCACCAGGCCAUGGCUGCCACACUCGAACAGUGCGUCCUCGACAUCCGCUCCAUCCAAGAGGAGGCCCGCAGCACGGGCGUCGCCAAACGUGCCCGGUGGCCCAUGGUCAUCCUGCGCACGCCCAAGGGCUGGACUGGCCCGCGCAAGAUCGACGAGCACUACCUCGCCGGUUUCUGGCGCGCCCACCAGGUCCCCAUCACGGACGUGCGCGAGAACCCCAAGCACCUCGAGAUUCUCGAGAAGUGGAUGCGCAGCUACGAGCCAGAACGCCUGUUCGGCAAGGAGGGCCGCAUCAGCGGCGAGCUCCGCGACGCCAUUUGCCCCAAGGGCAACCGCCGCAUGAGUGCCAACCCCGUGGCCAACGGCGGCAUCCUCAAGAAGCCGCUCAAUUUGCCCGCAUUCCGCGACUACGCUGCCAAGGUCGACAAGCCCGGUGCCACGCGCGACGGUAGUAUGGCCCGGCUGUCCACGUUCCUGCGCGAUGUGAUCGCUGCCAACCAGACCAACUUCCGCUUGUUCGGCCCUGACGAGACCGAGUCCAACAAACUGGCCGGUGUCUAUGCGAGUGGCAAGAAGGCCUGGCUGGCCGACUACUUCGAGGAGGACAAGGACGGUGGCAACCUGGCCCACGCUGGACGCGUCAUGGAGAUCCUGUCGGAGCACACGGUCGAGGGCUGGCUCGAGGGCUACGUUCUCAGUGGCCGCCACGGCCUGCUCAACAGCUAUGAGCCCUUCAUCCAUGUCAUCGACUCCAUGGUCAACCAGCACUGCAAGUGGAUCGAGAAGUGUCUUGAGGUCGAGUGGCGCGUCAAGGUGGCGUCGCUCAACAUCCUGCUGACCGCCGUCGUCUGGCGCCAGGAUCACAACGGCUUCACGCACCAGGAUCCCGGCUUCCUCGACGUCGUGGCCAACAAGAGCCCCGAGGUCGUGCGCAUCUACCUCCCACCGGACGGCAACUGUCUUUUGUCGGUCAUGGACCACUGCCUGCGCUCUUCCAACUAUGUCAACGUUGUUGUGUCCGACAAGCAGGAGCACCUGCAGUUUCUUUCCAUGGAGGCGGCUGUCGAGCACUGCAGCAAGGGCAUCGGUAUCUGGCCCGACUUCAGCACCGACGCCGGCGAGGAACCUGACCUCGUCAUGGCAUCGUGCGGUGACAUCAGCACGCAUGAAGCGCUGGCCGCCGUCGAUCUGCUGCUCAACCACUUCCCUGAGCUCAAGAUUCGCUUCGUCAAUGUCGUGGAUCUUUUUAAGCUUAUUAGUCAUGUUGACCACCCGCACGGUCUGACGGACCGGGAAUUCAAGGCGCUGUUCACGGAUGACAAGCCCAUCAUCUUCAACUUCCACUCGUACCCAUGGCUGGUGCACCGCCUUACCUACAAGCGCCCUGGCUCCCACAACAUACACGUGCGUGGCUACAAUGAAAAGGGCAACAUCGACACGCCGCUGGAACUGGCCAUCCGCAACCAGACGGACCGCUUUAGCCUGGCUAUCGAUGCCAUUGACCGCAUGCCGCAUCUGCACAACCGCGGGGCGGCGGCGCGCCAGGAGCUCCUCAACAAUCAGAUUUCCGCUCGCAAUGAGGCUUUUGAGACCGGCGCCGACCCUGCCAUCUGGACCAACUGGACUUGGCCGCGCAACACGUCGCUAUGGAACAAGACGGUGACCAAGCUGUCCAACUAA